GAAAUGAGUCCAGUCAUCCCAUUCCAUUACCCAGAUGGUCAUCUCGGUCAUCUUUCACCCGAUCAACGUCAAUCCUUCUCCGCCUUCAAGCAACUUUGUGUGGAGAAGGGCAUCUAUCGUCCAGCUACUACUGACAUCCCUCCUUCGCAUGACGAUGCCACUUUGUUAAGGUAUUUGAGAGCGAGAAAGUUUCAAAUACAACCUGCUUAUGAACAAUUUGCUAGUACGGAGAAAUGGAGGAAAGAAAAUCGCUUAGUGGAAUUAUUUGAGACUAUUGACGUGGAUGAGUAUGAGGAAACACGUAGAUUGUAUCCCCAAUGGACAGGUAGACGUGAUAAAAGAGGUUUCCCUCUGUACGUAUUCGAAGUUGCACCUUUGGACGUGAAGGGAGUUGCAGAUUACGAAAGAGCAAACAGCAUGUCCCAGCUAACUCCCAGAGGUGCAGAUACGGACGAUCGACCAGCUCCUCCUAAAAUGUUACGUCUUUUUGCUCUAUACGAAUCCCUCACUCGAUUCGUAGCUCCUUUCUGUACCGCUUCACGUAGACCGAAUCCAGAGACACCCAUCACUCAAGGGAACAAUAUCAUCGAUGUCAGUAGUGUUAGUUUGCGACAAUUUUGGGCUCUACGAAAUCAUUUACAAGAUUCUAGUCAAUUAGCUACUGCUCAUUAUCCUGAAACCUUGGAUAAGAUAUUUAUAAUAGGAGCUCCAGGUUUCUUCUCCACCAUUUGGUCCUGGGUUAAGAGAUGGUUUGACCCUAUCGUCGUUGCUAAAAUGCACAUUUGUGGUCCUAAUGACGUUCUCUCCACACUUUCAGAAUAUAUCGAUCCUCAACACAUUCCUGUCAAAUAUGGCGGUCAACUUCAAUGGUCUUUCGGUGACCUUCCUUCGUUAGAUCCGGUAAUGUUAGAACAUCUGCAAUGGGCCGAAGGUGCCGAAAGAGCUAAAGAAGGGAGAUCAUGGCCUAUAGGACCUGUGAAAUGGGAUGUGGCAGAGGAUGGUAGAAUGGUCGCUGUAGCGGUAGGGACGAAAGAUGGGAAAGGAAGAAUGGAAAGGGUUGUGGUGGUUGAUAGGAAGUAUGAGGAAGUGUUUUAUCCUGUGGAUUCUGAUCCUACGGCGGGGAAAGUGAGGGAGGAGUAA